GGAUCAAGGUUCACCAAGAUAGGCAGGGGUUGGUCUCACUUGCACCGUCUCUGUAUCCUGACAGCCUGCAGCUUUGUCGAGGUAGCCCCCCGCACACACACACACACGCACAGACACCAUGACAGAGCUGAACCCAAGCAUCUCAAGUUCGCUGGACAAGACCACGCCGGGCAUCCAGAUAUGGCGGAUCGAGAAAAUGCUGAUGGUCGCUGUUCCUCAGAGGUCCUACGGCAAUUUCUACGAAGGCGAUUGCUACAUCCUCUUUGCAGUAAGUGACGUGACGUUGCCCAGCCUUACACCCUCUCCCUUCAUGUUCCCCUUGUCUCUCAGGUUCAUAUGUGAUAGGAGCAGAAUUAGGCCACACGAGCCAGUGAGCCCAGCCCCCCCCCCCCCCCCCCUCCCCCGCAGACCCUUCGCAGCGGGAGCCGCAGCUGAGCCUACUGACAUCCACGACAUCCACUUCUGGAUCGGGAAGGACUCGAGCCAGGAUGAGCAGGGCUCGGCGGCCAUCUACAGCACGCAGAUGGAUGACCAUCUGGGAGGAGUGGCCGUACAGCACCGCGAGGCACAGGGGUACGAGUCCCAGACCUUCAGGGGCUACUUCAAGAAGGGGUUGAUCUACAAGCGGGGAGGUGUGGCGUCGGGGCUGAAGCACGUGGAAACCAACGCGUACAACGUCCAGAGGCUUCUGCACGUGAAGGGCAGGAAGAACGUCCACGCUGCUGAGGUGGAUAUGAGCUGGAAGAGCUUCAACCAAGGAGAUGUCUUCCUGCUGGACCUGGGCAAGCUGAUUGUGCAAUGGAACGGCCCGCUCAGCAACCACAUGGAACGCCUGAAGGCGAUGCAGCUGGCCAAGGACAUCCGGGAUCGGGAGAGAGCGGGGCGCGGGCAGAUCGCGGUGGUGGACGGGCAGAACGAGGGGGUCUCCGGGGACCUGAUGCGCCUCAUGAACUUCCUGCUGGGAGAGAGGAAGGAGAUUAAAGCGGCCGUUCCCGAUGAAGUGGUGGACCAGCAACAGAGGCAAUCCGUCAAACUGUACCGACAAGCACACCUCUUCAACCCGCACCUCCUGAACUACCGGCGUUCGCUCAAGUGCGGUGAUGAAGCCACUCCUUACCCCUCUUACCUAUACUGCACACCGUGGAGAAUUGAAGACCAUGAGCUGGCUGCUGUGGACAAGAGAUGGAACGGCCUGCUCUACAGCAAGGAAUGUUACCUCAUCCUGUACACGUACAUAAUCAACAGGAAACCACGAUACAUCCUCUACAUCUGGCAGGGUAAACACGCCAGUCCCGGGGACAUUACGGCCUCUGCCCUCCAGGCCGUGGUCCUUGACCAGCGGUACAACGGUGAACCCGUGCAGGUCCGGGUGACCAUGGGCAAGGAGCCCCGGCACCUCAUGGCCAUCUUCGGCGGCAGGCUCGUCGUCUUUGAGGGGAGCAGCUCGGGGAACGAUGGGUACGAGACUGAGGACCACACGAGCCUCUUCCAAGUCUGCGGCCGGGACGAGUACGACACCAAGGCCUUUGAGGUCCCAAUCCGUUCCUCAUCCCUCAACUCCAACGAUGUCUUCCUGCUGAAAGCCCCUCACCAGUGCUACCUCUGGUAUGGCAAGGGAUGCAGCGGUGACGAGAGAGAGGUUGCCAAGAAUGUGGGCAACGCUAUCUCCAAGAGAUACAAGGAGAACGUCUACGAGGGUCAAGAGCCUUCUGAUUUCUGGGCCCAACUUGGAGGGAAAGGACCCUACGCCAGCAGCAAGAGGCUGCAGGAGGAACAUUGCGAUGUGAGUCCACGCCUCUUCGAAUGCUCCAAUCAGACCGGCCGCUUUGUGGCCACGGAGGUCACCGACUUCAUCCAAGAUGACCUGGACGAUGAUGACGUGAUGCUUCUGGACACCUGGGAGCAGGUUUUCCUGUGGAUCGGCAAAGGAGCCAAUGAGUGCGAGCGGACCCAAGCAGCGGUCCUGGCCGUGGAGUAUCUCAACACCCACCCGAGCAACCGUGACCCGGGGACCCCCAUACUGAUCGUCAAGCAGGGCUUCGAACCCCCGACCUUCACCGGUUGGUUCAUGGGCUGGGACCAGCACCUGUGGACUGUGUAUCUGCCCAGGUUUGGAAGCACAGGCGCCUGA